UGAAGAGAUACAGGUGAGGAAGAAUUGAAAAAUUGAAAAAUUAUAAAACCCAAAACCACGGUCGUAACUCUUUGGCCAUCGCGUCCCAAUUGCAAGCAAAGCUCGUAUCGUUGGAGUCUCAGAUGGAGAAAUAUACAGCAGUGACUGAGGCGAUUGAAGAGAUAGAGGUAACAAACAAUGUUCAUAUUCCUGAUGAUCUCGCCUUUUCCAUUCUAUCUAAAUUACCUCUUAAAUCCUUGAAGCGUUUUCAGUGUGUACGCAAAUCAUGGUCGCUUUUGUUUGAAAACCCUCCUUUUAUGAACAUUCUUCGCAAUCAUUUUACAUCUAAUAAGCAUUCUGAUUAUGGUGAUACAUUUCUCUUCCUAACUGCGGCUGAUCCGCCUCUUACCUAUGGCGCAUUCUAUUUGCUCUCCGAUGAGAAAUUUGAGAAUGGAAUCAAAUUCCAACUGCCACCCCCAUUUCAAGAGGAUGACACUUCACUUUAUAUUUUAAGUUCAGUUUGUAUUAAUGGUAUUUUCUGCAUUGGCCAAAAUACUAGUAGAGGACGGGUCAAUUCCUUCCGUGCUGUAUUAUGGAAUCCAGCUACCUCCGAUUUUAUGCUUAUUCCUUCUAGUCCUGAUGAGAAUGUACCACCAUAUCGGAGUCCGUAUUUUGAUUUUAAUGGAUUUGGUUAUGAUCAUGUCAGAGAUGACUAUAAGUUAAUUCGAUAUAUAUCUUUUUUUCCUGUAACUGACGAAGAUGAAGAUAUGCCGUUGGAAGAUAAAUCGUAUGAACCCUUGUUGGAGAUAUAUAGUCUUAGAAGUAACUCUUGGAGGAUACUCGAGAUCGAUAUGCUUGAUAUUCGUGAUUUUUAUUAUACUCAUCCGCGGACCGGAGUCUACUUGGAUGGAGUUUGUCAUUGGUUGGGUACUAAAGAUUUGUAUGAGAUUGAAGGUUGUUUGGUGUCAUUUGACUUGAGCAAUGAGGUGUUGUUUGUGACACCUAUACUAUUAGACAUCGAAGAAAUAUGUGAUUCGACAUGUGAUUCGGUAUGUAUACAGAGACACUUAGUGGUGUUAAACGAGUCGGUUGCUUUGAUCUCAAGUUGUUUAAAAACUACUACUUUUCACAUUUUAAUUUUGGGUGAACUCGGCGUAAAGGAAUCAUGGAUCAAACUCUUUAUUGUUGGGCCCGCACCUUCCAUGGAAUACCCCAUUGGAGUAGGGAAGAAGGGUGACAUUUGCUUCAAACAAGAAAACAAUGAGCUAGUUUGGCUUGAUUUAAGCACCAUGAUAACUACAAUGAUUGGUGUUAAGGGAGUGAUAUAUGGUUGUCAGACAGGAAUUUAUAAGGAAAGCCUUCUUUCAAUUGGAGGAUUUAAUAGUUAGUUGUUUUCUUAUUUUCUCCCGUGAGCCAUGACUAUGGUCAUUAGGAUUUCCAACAUGUAUGCAGAGUUGCAUGUCAAACUGUACUUUCAUAAUUUAGUAUUUGACAAAUUAAGAAGCCUUUUGAUUACGUGUAUUGUGAAUUUUGCUUUAUCGAUUUUUUUUA